AUGCGGGGGGGGGGGGCCGGCAGAAGGCGAGACACAAACGAGAACGGCGCGGGGAAAGCAGCGGGGAGCGACCGCCGCUGCGUGGGGGUCCGGCCGGAGCCCCCGGCCCGUGGGCGAGCCCGGGCCGGGACUGCGGCCGCUCGUGGGGGUCUUGGCCCCGAAGGAGAAGCGGGACGGAGCAGUCCCGGCGGCGCUGCGGGACGAGACAGCGGCGGGCGGGACCGUCCCCGGCUCUGCCGGGCGGUUCCUCCCGCUACCGGAGGGGGCCCGAGGACCCCCUCGCCCCGGGGCCGGCGGCGCUGCGGGGGCCCCUCCCGCCCGGCCGGGCCCACCGGGAGCAGGAGCGGAGCCCGGGCACGGGCCGCCCUCCACGCUCCCGAGGUCAACGGCAGAAGCUGCCUGGGCGCCCCACGGGCUCUCGGCCAGGGGGGGCCGCUCGCCCACGGGCCCCCUCCCCCCCAACAGCCGGAACACACAACCCCCACCCCCCCCCCCGGCCCCGGCCCUGCCCCGGUGUCCCGGGGCUCGGCGCGGACUCGGGGACGGCUCCGGCCCGGCGAGGGCGUGUGCCGCUGCGGCAAACCCCGUUUCCGCCCAUUUGACCCCAAAUCCGCCCCUCGGCCGCCGGAUCUCCGCUCCCCCCGCCCGUACUUGUGCGAUGAGCUCCUCGGGGCUCAGCGGGACGCCGCGGGGCAGAGCGCCCGGCUCCCCCCUCGUUUCUCGCUGUGCGGGGGCUUCCACGGCUGCGAGCUUUGCAACGAAAACCGGGGGGCUACUGCCUCCCCCGCGGCCGCGCGUGGGGGCGGCGGGGCGAGCACGCGUGUCCGAGCGCGGCUGAGCCGGGGGCGGCGGCGGGGCGGGAGGGAGCUGGCUCCAACCCAACCGCCGGCACGAUCGAUCCCCGCACCGCAGCCGGGCUCUUCCCCGCGGCUUCCCGUACGCUCUGGUGACCGUGCUUCACAAGCUGCUCCGCCCCACGGACACCCGUGCCCGGGGCGGCUCGGAUCCAGCCCAGCUCCCGGUACGGCCCGGUUCCCCGGGCGGCCGAAGGUGCCGGUGCCGGUCGGAGACCCGGUCACGCCACGGUCGCCCCCCCGCCCCACCACCGUGUCCCCUUCUCCUGGGCGACCCGAGCAUGGCCCCAACGCUGAGACCGCGGGGGGAAGCGGGGGCAGAGCAAGUCGCCCACCCCGGCAGAGCCCCAGCGCCUGCUAG